AUGUCUACUCUUGGAUAUAUUGGAGCAGGUGUCUGCCUGCUUGGAGUUUUCUCUGCUCUUUGCUCCAUUGGACACAUUGUCCAAGACAUUAACAACCUCCGUUCUGAGGUUGAAGGACGUGUCGAUGAGUUCAAAGUUCUUGCUGAUGACACAUGGGACCGUCUUUUGAUUCUCCAAUCCCCAACCGGAGAAUCCGCUAAUCCAGUGCCAUCUCUUCUCCGUAACAAGAGAUUCGUCUACCCAGGAAUGUGCAAUUGCGACAGCAACUCUCAAGGAUGCCCAGCCGGACCACCAGGACCACCAGGAGCUCCAGGAAAGCGUGGAGAUGAAGGACACCCAGGAGAUGAAGGAAGACGCGGAGCCAGCGGAAUCUCUCUUGCCACCACCCACGAUAUUCCAGGAGGAUGCAUCAAGUGCCCAGAAGGACCAGCCGGGCCACCAGGAGCCGAUGGAGAAGCCGGACCAGAAGGAUUCCCAGGACUCCAAGGACCAGCUGGACCAUGUGGAGAGGACGGUGCAGCCGGACAAGAAGGAGCUCCAGGAGAUCAAGGAGAGCAAGGACCAAAGGGAUACGAUGGAACCGACGGACCAGACGGUGAAGCCGGAACCACCUAUUUCCCAGGACAACCAGGACAGCCAGGAGAGCCAGGAUGGCUUGGAGAGACUGGACUUCCAGGAAAGCACGGAGAGCCAGGAGCCGAUGGAGAAGAAGGACCAAAGGGAGCUCCAGGAACUCCAGGAAACGCCGGACACGAUGCCUUCCCAGGAAUGCCAGGACAAGCUGGAAAGCCAGGAGCGCCAGGAAAGGAUGCCAACUACUGCCCAUGCCCACAAAGACAGGACGACAAGACCCCACCAAGCGCUGGAACUCCACAGCCACCACCACGUGCCUCUACUUCGGCUCCAGCCACCCGUGCUCCACCAGCCACCCGUGCUCCACCAGCAACUCGUGCUCCACCAGCAACCACUCGUGCCGCUCCAGCCACCACUCGUGCUCCACCAGCACCACAGCCACCAGUCACCGAGCAGCCAGGAAGCGGAGACUCUGGAUACCCAUCGGAGCCAGCUCAUCCAUCUCCAACCUAUCCAUCUCCAUCGUACCCAUCUCCAUCUUAUCCAUCUCCAUCUUAUCCAUCUCCAUCUUAUCCAUCUCCAUCUUAUCCAUCUCCAAGCUAUCCAGCUGAGCCAGCCUACUCUGUUCCACCACCAACCAAGACCGAGGAGCCACCAGCAGGAGGAUAUGAGGCUCCAUCUCCACCACAAACCGGAAGCUACCAGAGACGUUGGUAG